AUGGAAGUUACCGCAACAAUGGGAUUCCUGUCAUCCUCCAAUACAAACAACUCGGCCGCAACAGCAACCUCAACCACAAUUUCAACCACAAUACCGAGAAGGCCUAAAGCAAGAGCAGUAUGCAAGGGCGCAUUCUACCCAUUCUUCCGAGACUACGUCAGCAGCGUUGUCACAGCCACAGAAUUUGAAGAAACAAAGGCAAGAGUCGACACACCAAGCCUGGCCGGUUUCUGUAUUGGCUUCCUCCUCGGAGUCAUCGGUGCCAAUCUCCACAGCGCAAAUCCUAUCCUCCUCCAAUCCCACAUUGUCCUCGGAGAUCUCGGCCUCUCAUCAAGCACCUUCCCGGGAGGUAGCCCAAGUCUCCCCAAGGUUGUCUAUACCGAAAAAUGCAACAACCUCGUCGAAUUACUUGGCUCCUGA